GGCAGACGAGCUUGGGUUCACGUAGAGCAAGAGUGGGAAGUUAUCAGCGCGCACGCACUACGGGGAGGAUUUUCGGCCGAUUUCUGAUUGAUUUUGGGGCUUUUGACCCAAAGUUCAGGUGGUUAAGAACCUCCUCCCUUCACCUUCUCGUGGAACUUCGGGGACAGAGUGUCCCGGCCGUCUCGACAGCCUGAGCAGGGCGCGACCCAGGCAGGAGCCAGGACCCAGAACGGUGGCGGGAAGCGGGUCAUGGCUACGGGCCCCAAGACCCUCCCGUUCGUCAUCUUCCUCUUCGCGGUCCAGCUCCUGGGCCAAGGUGCCCCUGCCACCAUAGCCUGGCAGGAUGAAGUUCCCCAGCAGACAGUGACAUCACAGCCACAAAGGCCCAGCCUCAAGGAGGAGUGUCCACCAGGAUUUUAUAGAUCACCAUAUAAUGGAGCCUGUACCGGGUGCACAGAGGGUGAUGAUUACACCAGUAGUUUCAACAAUUUGCCUUCUUGCCUCUCAUGUGCAGUUUGUAAACCAGGUACAGAAUGUGUGGACCCCUUGCCCAGAGGUGGCGUGCGGAGUGAUGAGGCGGGAGUUGUAGCCGAUGUGAGUCAGGGAACCAAGUUCCAGUCCAGCUUGGUGUUCAUCAUACCCUGUUCCGUGAUUGUGACUUCGGUUGAAUAUAAACAAAAAAAGAGAAAGAAAUCUUUUUUAUAAUACAUGCCACCUGGCUGGGAAAUCUUCUAAACCAUCAGCUGCAAGUGGGUGAGGGAAUGAUAAGAGCACAGAGAAGUCCUGGCUGAGUGGACAGGGCUGAGUUUCAGUGGUGGCACGGAUCUGCUCCGGUGCCCAACUCUACCCCUGGCUCUGUUCUCCUGGCAAGUGCUCGGCCUCACUCGGCCUUCAGGUUCUCAUGCCCCUUCCUCCUCCCCAGCAGGGCCAGGGCUUUUGGGAAGUCACGCAAGGACUCCUCUCCUUGCAGAGUCCCUCAGGUGAUGCCCCUGCACCUCCCUUGCUACUCACCAUGUGAUCUAAGUGAUGCUUUCCCCCUAAUCUGAUGUAAUAAAUAAUGAAUCAUGGUCCUUUUGUAUGACUCUGAGUAUUGGUGACAGCCGAACGGUGGGUGUUCUGUAUCAGCCCCAAGUGUGCUGGUGCAGAAACUGGCCCUCAGAGCUUCUUGGUGAACUGAAUUGAGCUGAACUGAGUGGGAGGGGGUUUGGGUGGUAAGGAAGGGUCGAGGGAUAUGUCAGGGAAACUCAUUUCCAA